AUGGUCAACGAUAAGAACUACAACGGGUCUGGUCAACCCGCUGCCGCGAACACGACGCAGCCCCGCACCACGCCUUACGCCGCGACCACUCACAUUUCGACCGGCAUCCUGGCAGUCGACGACUACCUCAACAACAACGGCGAGGUGACUCCAGUCGGCAUUAUCUUCUCGCAAGAUGAUCUCAACAACGCUGUCAACCACGGAUACACCGUCUACCGCAUGGAGCUCGACCCCUACGACGACUGGCUUUCGUUUGAGCAGUUCGCGGACAUGUACUACGACUGUGUUGAGGCUCAGGCUCAGGCUCAGUCUCAGGCUCAGUCUCAGUACACCCCCCCACAGCCAGAUGAGGCACCCGUGGCCAACCGACCCCUGCUGCCAGCCAACAAGCCUCGAGUCCGAAUCCGAAUCCGCAACCGCAAGGCGACACCCAAGGUGCCAACGGGCCUGCCCUUCCCCCGGCGCUCCGACCCCCGCCCCGGUCCGUACAUCUGCCAGCCGCACGAGUAUCCCGCCCUCGAGGUCGCGAUCCAGAAGGGCCUCUCCCGUACGCUCAAGGAGCUCAACCACAUGAUGUUCCAACACCCCCACCACCCUCUCUCCUCGCUUGAGUUCUGGGGCGCCAUCGACGAGGGUUACGGUCUCUACCGCGCGCACGCGUCUGAGUUCUGGGACGGCCACGACCACCCCGUGCGCACCGGGUCCCCCGACAUGUACAUCACCGUCGACGACUUCUACGCCCGGUACUACCACAACGCUGCCGUCACAGCCAUGAAGGUUGGUAUCUCUCUCAACCUGAUCUGCCCCGUGAUACCUGCACCGUUUGUGCGGCUCCCGGCUGCCCCCGUCGCUCGCCCCAUUUUCAAGACUUAUCGCCGUUAG